CAUGUAAACAACAGCCAUGACAGAGGACUUUCAUUCCAGCAGUUGAUGAAGUGUUCCUAGCAGCUAUCUUGUUGCAGCUUGCUCUUAACCGGUAAUGGCUAAGUUGAAAACGAAGCUGCUGAUUGUAGCUGUGCUAGGUGUCGUUUUAGCUGUAUUUUAUCCCAAGAUAAAGAAGGUUUAUGGAAAACAUGUUAAGCCCCAUGCGGACAUCGCUGCCAACAUUUUAAGAGUCAUCAAAGAUUUUCACAUUUUUGGUUAUCAUGUCCCAUGGAAGUAUGUUCUUCCAGGAUUCGGUCUGUUUCUUGCUGUUCAGCUAUUUAGGGUAAGUAUCAUCUCAUUUCUUUUUCAUCUUUCCAGCUGACAGCGAUGUGCUCUUGUCUGUCACGUUAAAACCUUCUUAAGGAACUGUCACUAUAAAAAUUUAUCACAAUUUUUUUCUGAACAGCGCUAUCACCCUCAGAGUUCAAAAAAUAUAUUUAUAAUAAUUUCUUUUUCAUUUGGAAUGAAAUCUCACCUCUUACGUUCAUUAACAAGGCAUUUUCCAGACUUGACGAAAAUAAUUAUUUUAACGCUGUCGCAUUUAUUUUUAAUAAUUCCUUUGAGGACAUAGUUUCGUAUGCAGAGAAUUUAGUGAUUGUAACCUUUCUUUAUUAAAAAUAGUAAAAUAAUGUAAAAUUUCUGUCCAAGUAAAUAAGAUAUGUUUUCUCCCUUUGAUAUAUACCAUCAACCCUUUUGUUGCAAAGUUUUGCUAACAGACUGAUGCUAAUUAGAUCAUGUUAGAUCUGGGGUGGGGUAAUGUGCAAAAAAAAAAAAUUAACUGUAAAAAAAUCGAUUUUAAAAUAACGUCUUGUUUAUCAAUUUUAAGAUAAGUUAGAACUAAGUGUUUUAGAUGUCAUGAAAAAUGACAUUUGAAUUAAAUGUGUUUUAAAUUAUUUGAGGUCCUAUAGUUUGAUUUGGUAAAUUGCAAAUAAUAAAAACUGGUUUGUGAAUAAUUGAAAACCAGUCAGCAGCUUUAACCACACCUUGGUACCUAGUGUUUGCAGUUUUUAACAGGUACCUGAUUGUGCUGCUAAGCAUGAUUUUGGAAUAAUUUACUGCCAGGAAGCACAAAGUUAAGUUCCGUACUCUAAAUUUUAUUGACCAACUGGCUUAUUACUCCUAGACAUUAAUGUAUUAUUAGUUGUACAAAACUGUUCAUAAUCCUUCCUGAGUUCUUUCCAACCACCAAGUCUUGACUUGCGCAAAAAAUAUAGAGUGUUGUGAGACUGCAUGCCUUUUUUUGUAGUGAUGGGUAAUUAAAUUAUUUAUACCCCAGAAGGGUUAUUAAAUUCAUGAGGUAUAGGUAGGAUGUUGGAUGUUUGUAUCCCCCAGCUUCUAUUGACUCUUGCUUGUAUUCUGACAGCAAAACCUUUUGCAUAGGAGCAUAUAAAUGUAUAUAGAGCUCUUACUUGGUACAAUGUUUUAAAGUAUAUACACCUAAUAUAAAUUGCAAUAAUGUUGUCCUAGAAAAAUGAAAAAAGGAAAAAGCCAAAUAAGAAUUAAUUAGGCUAAUAAGCCUAAUGAAUUCAUUCACAGCAUCCGCACAUGGACAUCUUAUUGGCUUGUGGGAAUUUGCUAUUGUUUUGAAGCUGAAAAACAAUAAAAAAAUUCCAGCAGGGAAAUGCAGUGGCUACAAAUGAGAAUGUGAGAACCCUGAGAAUGUGCCUUUAUUAUUCCUAUUGGGCUUUUUCCUUUUUUCAUUUUUCUACGACAACGUUAUUGCAAUUAGGUGUAUGUGAUUUAUAAAGAAGGAAACACUCCAGAUCAACACCUUAGUAAAAUUGUCAAGAUGGAAGAGGAUAAUAAAGAUCAAGUAUAAUGAAUUAGUCAGAGGCGGCAGAGUUGAGAAAUUAUUUGGCUUCCUCAUGCAUGAACAGAGGUUCUUAGCAAGCUCUAUUUUCAAGCUUUAAACCUUCCUAUCACAGACGGAAUAGCAGCCCUGUUUUAUCAGCAUCUAAGAUCAGGGGCUAAACAGUAUCGCACUUUCUGGCAGCCACAUUCUUGGUCAACCCAUUAGUUACAUAAGAGCUGGGAUGUGGCAUAUGCAUAUACAUAUGCACUUGUGGAAAAGUGUGUUUUGAUUUUACUCCUGACUUAACCUACAGUGCAGGCGUAUUUUGGGCAGACGAAAGCUGCUUCUUUAUGUUUGUACUGUUGUAGACGCUCCGCCUUUCAGACUUUUAGAUUUUCAACAUGGUGCUUUCACAAGUAAAAACAUUCCUGCGCACAGCAGGCUACUACUCACUUAGUUUAGUUUUUGAUUGUAUGAAUCAUUAGCUCCAUGACAUUACUCUGUGAUGAGCAAUGAGUGACUAUAGUGCAAGAGAAAAGACAUGAACUGUUAGUUAAAAAGAUGCUCUGUUGAAAACUGACCAAAAUUAACAAAAAGAAAAAAAGUGAUAUAUCAUUUUAUCCCUGACCAAUAAUAUAUUAUAUACAUCUCAUAGCUGCAUGAUUUAGAGGGAUACAUACAUGUAUAGUCCAUAUCAAGGAGGUCAUAGGGGAAUUUGUAAAUUAAAGCGCUGUUUACACUUUUAUAACAGAGACGCCGUAGACUAAAGAAAUUGGCAGAAGAACAAAAGAAAAAGGGCCAGACCUUCAUGACUGAGGAAGAAGGUAUGUUAUAGUUAGUAUGAUCAGCUGCUACCAUAGUUAUACAUUUUCUUUGUUCUUACAUUAAAAUAGAUGAAGCCAGUUUUGGGGGUGUUUUUUCAGUGAUGUCCUAAUACAAGUAUUUAUAUUUUAAUUCUGUUUAAGAUUGACUUGACAUUAAUUAUUGUCAUGUACAAUUUCGGCAUUAAGUGAUGUCUUUAGCAAAAUUUGCAAAAUUCGUAAUUAUUAAAAAAAGCAGCAUCGAUAUAACCCUUAUUGCCUUGCUAGUAAGAUAGUGAAGUUGUACAGAAUAAUUUGAUAUAUAUUGAAUAUUAUGGAAUCAUUGCAAGUCAAUCUGUUUGAAUUUGCACAGCCUACAUUCUCCCUAUGUACAGAUAUAAAUAGUACUUUGAAAUAUCUAACAUAAUAUAUUAUUGAUGACCCUUGGCUUUGCAGUUGGCAGGUCUUUCCAGUUGGGUUCUGAUCAUGAGUGACAACGGCUAAAUGAAGAGCAUCACUAAGAGAUAGAUCUAUGUCUAAGUUAAAGGUUUACAUUUAUGUGGCCCUGAACAUUAUAAAGGAAUUAAAAGAAAUGUAUGAAAUUUUAAAGUUUCAAGAACAACUUUUACAGUGAAAAUACGUCCCCUUAGAUCAACAAAUCGUUUGGGUUGGCCAAAGGUUUAUUAUGACAUUUUCAUAAAAAAUCUUCUGAAACUCCGAUCUGAAUUACUUGUGUUCCAGUGUAGCCAAAGUCUUCCUCUUAACUCAGGGCCUACAUGUAAAUAAUAAUUUUUGGCCUUUAGUGUGAAAGAAAACCUUUCCCCUUCAGCUGUUGCAAUUCAGAAUUUCUUGAUGGUUUGUGGUAUGCAUUUCUGGAUUAGAAUGUUUUAAUUCAUUUUCCACUUAUCAAUGUGCUUCACUAUUCAUUUAAAGUGUUGAAACAAUUCCAUUUCUGUAGUUGAAAAACUGUUAAUGUUGGCUUUAAUAUGCAUUAUUACUUUGUUCUAAUUCACAGUACUUAAAUUUGUGUAAUAGGGGGAAUGUAUGGCUUUUCACUAAUCGCACUUAGGAACAAUGUUGCUUCACAUUAAUUCCACACUAAUUUAACCUACUAGAGAUGUGGCACAACUUAGACUCAUGAAUGGUAAUGCACGUUUUUCAUUACAACAACCUUUUUCUUCUAUGGAAGUGGGAGUUGUCAGGCUCUAUUCAAAGCUUAGUUUUUUUUUGCACUGUCUUGACAACACUACUUGUAACUAUUUUCCUGUCAUUCUGAUAAAACCUUACACAGGAACAAUGAUUUCUUUCUUGAAUAGCUCCAUUAAAGUAAAUUCCACAUUCCCCUUUCAGAAAAACAUGUGCAUACCACAAACCAUGUUGAAAAUACUGAAAAAGGUGAUCUUCCAGCCCCACCCACCAACCUAACAGAUAUAUCAAUGCCAGGAAAUCGAGUGCGAACUUUCAUGUAUUGGCCUUCAACAAGCUCUGUAAAUGUGUUUGAACUGGCAAGAGCAGGCUUUGUGUUUACCGGAAUAGAUGAUGUGGUAAAAUGCUUUCAGUGCAAGGGAACCCUUAAAAUGUGGAAACCAGGCGAUGACCCAAUGGAGGGCCACAAAGAAUACUAUCCUGAUUGCCCUUAUGUAAUGGCAUGUGAUGCAAUAAAAAGGCCUGUUAAUACUCAGACCCAACUGGAAGACCUGCUUACUGUCUGUGAAGGAGUUGGGUAUCGACUGAAACAAUUGCGCGCUCUCCAGAGUAAAGCUUCUGGAGUUGAGCCAGGUGGGUACAUGUGGAGGGUUAUGGAUGAGACUUUAGGGCAAUGAGUUGUAUAAACAAGUUCCUUGGUGUAGAUAUUAAUAUUGCAACCACUUGAGUUGCUUAUAAGCCUCUUAAUUCUUGUGUGAAAGCAGGGCUACGUUAUAAACCUGUAGUUUCGUUUUGGAAAAUCGGCCCAGUGUUGCUACAUGUAGCUUCAUGAUUCAGGUGAUAAACUGGGGAUGAGCACAACAUGACAACAACAACAAAAACAGAGAUUGUUUAAUACUUUCUAAUGACUGUAUAUCAAGAUUGUGUCCUAGUAGAAAGUAAUGAUUCAUCUCCCCAAGGAAGGUUUUUGGUUCUAAUUCCAAUGCCAUUCCCUGCGCCCCCUCUAAAAAAUCUUCAGUGAACGUAAAGAAUUUCUCAGUUUGUAGUAUCCGAAGUUAUUUAUAAAUAAAUAGUCUUAUUAUGUAAGUUUUAUUUGGCAUUGCAAUGUCACUGUACUGUAGUAGUUGUCUGUCUAUUUUGUUUGUACACAAGGCCAUCCCCUUUUUUUUCAAAUGCGUUUCCUGAUAUUGGGUCGGUCGGUCAGAUUAAAAAAAAAAACUAAAAAAAACACAAGAAGUCUCAGAACGGGAGGCCUGGUACCACAGCAUCAUUGCUGUGGAGACUGGAAACAACAAGACAUGAACCCAAAUUCAAUAUGGCGGAAAAGGAUGAUGUUAAAAGUUAAUAUCUACGUAUUUGGAUUAACAAAACGCACAAUAUAAUGUAAAAAAUGUUCCUAGUUUUGUUCCUGUUUUUCUCUAUGCUGUUACUAUGCUCAUUUUUCUGAUUAAAAGAAUUAUUUAAACUGAAAAAUGGUUUAACUAUUUCUUUACUUUUUGUUUUUAUAAUUGACAAUGCCAAAAAUUUGGGUCAGUCAGACGAUGCUAAAUGGAAAAAAAAGAGGAUGGCCUAACAUAACUCCAAAGGAUAAAAAGUUAUUUGUUAUAUAUUUCUUGUGCACGCAUGUUGAGCUAUGCUUUAUCAUUUUUGGCCUUUCUCGUUUGACAGCUAAGAAACAUCUAACAGAGCUGCAGAAGAGGUUGGACACCACUGAACGCACUAUGCAUCUUGUAAUGAAGCAAAUGGAAGCUGUUACUAAAUGUCUUGCCAAGACACUUGCCGAAGACCCUAGUAUGAGUGGUGACAAAUCUUUAGCCAAAAUCACAGAGGGACUAGUUAACUUGAAAGAGAGCAAUGUGUGAAUAAUGGCAAAAGAGAGAAUAUGCCACAGUAAUACAUGUGCAAUUUUAAUCCUGAGAAAACAAACUUAAAUCAAUUUUUAUUAUCAUAAGAGCUUAAAUAGUGACACUGUAGAACAAAUAAUUGUAAGCUUUCAUAUUAAGGUUUAAUUUGAUUUCCUUUAAAAUGCAACAAACAGUUUUAAACCUUUAGCUAAGAGCUACAUUCACAUUUUCCAGAUAUUUUUGCAAAUUAGCACAAAGGAGAAAACUGAUCAGGUAUUUAAGACAUAACUACUGGUAGUGGAAAUAUCUUCUUUGUAUAGUUAGAAUUCAAGACUAUUUUAAAAGGUCUUGCUCAGAAUAAUGAAGUACUACAUGUAUUAAAACUGAUAUUCACAGUUUUCCUAUCAUAGUUAGAUGACAAAGAUAAUAAUUUGCAAAAAAAUGAUUUUCUUAAUUAUGGUCAAAAUUAAGUGUAAUGAAAAUGUUUGUAUUAUUUCUACUGUAAAUAGAAUUUUAGGGAUAAAUCUUUCAAUUUUAUGGUUACCUUUAUUUAUGCACUCAGAUACUAUAUAAUAAAUAAAAUUAUUUAUGUCAUGGGUAACUAAAAACAGAAUAAUAAUUACAUAGUAUUUAUUGCAGCCAAGCUACUAUUGUGUUACAGGGAGGUAUAGUUGCAACCCACAUUUUCCAUAGGUGAGAACUGUUUGCCAAUAUUAUGAUUCUUGGACAGAAAAAUAUUGUAACGAUGAUACUUCAAAAUCAAUUUGCUUAACUUGCAACAAGCUGAAGCUCCUGGGAGGGAGGGUUGACUCCGCAUAUGAAAGGGUAGGGAUGCUCGUCGUCUCGCUUAGGGGUGUAAAUUUCGGAUUUCGGUCUCACUUG